UUUCUUCCGGGCAGGGCUGGGGAAGGCCGGGCCCUUCAUGCUCCUUCUGCCGGGGACGGGAGCGUGGGAGACAGUCCAUCUCUGGUAGAGCGUGAGCUGGCUGUAGUCAAUGCACCAGCAAACUUCUCACUGCAUCUAAGAUGGUGCGUGAACAGUAUACGACAGCCACAGAAGGCACCCUCAUAGAGAGGCCGGAGAACCAGACCGUCUGCAAAAUUGGCAUUUAUGGCUGGAGAAAGCGUUGCCUCUACCUGUUUGUUCUUCUGUUACUCAUCAUCUUUCUUGUGAACUUUGCUCUUACAAUUUGGAUUCUUAAAGUGAUGUGGUUUUCACCAACAGGAAUGGGCCACCUGCGCGUGACAGAGGACGGGCUGUACCUGGACGGGGAGUCAGAAUUUUUAUUCCCGCUGUAUGCCAAGGAAAUACGCUCCCGAUUGGACUCGCCCCUGCUGCUCCGGUCCGCUCAUAAUGUGACGGUCAACGCUCGCAACUCUGACGGAGAGGUCACGGGCCGAGUGACAGUGGGUCCCGAAAUGGUGGACGUCCAGAGUCAACAGUUUCAGAUCAAUUCCAAAGAGGGGAAGCCGCUGUUCACUGUUGAUGAAAGCCAAGUUGUCAUUGGCACAGAUAGACUUCGAGUAACUGGGCCUGAAGGGGCUCUUUUUGAACAUUCAGCGGAGACACCCCUUGUAACUGCAAACCCGUUUCAGGAGCUGAGAUUAGAAUCGCCCACACGAAGCCUGCGCAUGGACGGCCCCCAGGGCGUGCACAUCAGGGCCGCGGCCGGGGGCGGCCGGGCCCUUUCUCAGGAGGACAUUGUCCUGCACAGCGGCGGCGACGGAAGGCUCGUGCUUGAUGCUGAAACCGUGUGUUUCCCUGAGCUGGGCUCGGGGACCACGGGGCCUGCUGGCAGCUCACAGGGACUCUAUGAAGUGUGCGUGUGUCCAGACGGGAAGCUGUACCUGUCCGCGGCUGCCGCAGCCACCACGUGCCAUGAAAGCAGCCACAUCUGUCUCUAAGCCAGCCGCGCCCUCCACGGAGCGCUGCCUUGUUUCGGUGAACUUGGAACACUGACCUCAAGCCCCGGGAAACCCUGGGAGACGGGGCGGGCAGCUGGCGGUCGAGGACGCGCUUUCAAAAGGAUCGCAAAGAAAACCGUGCCCACAAACGUGUUCAGAGGAGCGGCAUGCGGGUGUUAGACGCUGAAAUCAAAUAGCAAUAGAAUGUGUUUAUUCCACUAGACUUUCAUCAGAACUGUGUGAACUUCCUUUUCCUUUCUUGUACGUGUCAAGCUGCAAUGAAAUAUUGAACUGCUGUAUGGAAUUAAUUUAUGAUGUUCAAGAGUGUAUGUCUGAUGCCUAUAAAAGUAGCAUCGGUCGGCACUAAAUGCCCCCAAGUUCUAUGAGGUGUUUCCCUGUGUCACUGAACCUGCAGUUCUCUCUGCAUUUUAAUGCAAAGCGUGUCACAUUUCACAAGAAAACCCUCAGGUUUUAAAGGGCCUUUAAGGUUGAUCUGAUUUUCAAUAUGUAGUCAAAGGAAAAUAUUACACAGAAUUAAUCAUGUGCUCUGUAUCA